AUGGACAAGGAUUUGGUGUAUGGGGACAAGCUGUCUGUGUUUGACGAGACGAGCACGCUGAGCACCACGGAUACGGAUAGACGGUUCGACGAGCCGUGGAUCUGUGCGCCGUGUGUGCUGCUUACGCGCGAGAACGCGGCGUUGAGCCCGGUUUCUCCGCACGCCAAUGUGCUUGUGACGGAGCCCGACGGCACGAGUGUCGGGACCAUCACACAAGAUACAGCUGCGGCGCAAGCACAGCACACUCAUGUACUGUUGGGUGUGAACGGCGAGCGCCUUGUCAAGAUCGAGCGCGAGGGUGGUGUACUGAGCCGCGCCGUGAUUUACGCAUUCGAUCGCGAUGCGCUGUACGAAUCAACGUACCCGAUCGGAGAGGUACGAGUGCACAAGUCGGAAGCGACGUUUUUUACGACGCUGGAGUAUGGACUGUACGAUGCGUCGGGUCUGCUGGUGACUGGGGAAAAGGUGCCAUUUGUCAAGGCGCAGCUAAAACAUUUCAAAUCCAAGAUUGCUAUGGUCGAUCGCGCUGACCAGACUGUCGCUCUGGUCCAUCCUGUGACUGCCUCGCAUACACAACUCUUGACCAAGGUCGAGGCGGAAGUGGUCCGGUUCGACAGCGCAUCGAACAACUUUCAAGUGUCUGUGCCGACAAAAAUGCUCAAUGGAACACCGGUAGAGCUGAAGCAGGUCAACUUGGAGGAGUCUAGCGCGCUGGGUAGGCUUGCGCCGGAACACCACUUGAAUCAGGAGCAGCGCGCUGUGGUCGUCGCGGCUGCGUAUAUCAUGGAUGUGGAUAAGCGCCACAUUGACUCGCACAAAGGGUUUAGCAACCUCUCGGCUUUUAUUUUCGGCGUCGCACACGAUGGAUAG